ACAUGGAGAAAGAGAAACAUUCAUAAACUGCAUUUUCAUUUCAUUUCCAUCUACAAAACACACAUAAAUCAUAAAUAAGAUUUUCCACUUUCCACCCUAAGAACGGAGAAUUUAUUUCUCUAAUCUGGAAAAUACGCACACUGGCGCAUAUUUAUGCUACUCUCUCUUCUUAUUCACUCUGCACUAUGCUAAUGUACGCUUCUAAAUGCUAACCAUAGCACCCUAUAAUAAUCUUCCUCAUUACACUUCUCUGUUACACUUCUCUCCAAAAAUAUGCAUGCGUUUCUUCUCAUUUUGUUACUCUGCGCACCUUUCUUAUCCUACGCCGAUCGCAGCGCCAUAACCGUUACAGAGAUCCAAGCCUUAACGUCGUUUAAGCUCAACCUCCAUGAUCCUCUCGGAGCUCUCGACGGUUGGGAUACCUCCUCGCCGGAAGCGCCGUGUGACUGGCGCGGAGUUGCCUGCAAUAACGACCGAGUUACUGAGCUGCGUUUGCCUCGUCUUCAACUCGGUGGUAGACUCAGUGAACGUCUUUCUGAGUUGCGCAUGUUGAGGAAGAUAAGCCUUCGUUCGAAUUUCUUCAACGGGAGUAUCCCUUCGUCGCUCAUGAAAUGUAAGCUUCUACGGUUCUUGUUCUUGCAGGAUAAUGCGUUUUCCGGUAACGUUCCGCCGGAGAUCGGAAACCUCACCGGUCUUCAGAUUCUUAAUGUUGCUCAGAAUAAUCUCUCCGGAACUGUUCCGAGGGAGCUUCCUCUUAGUCUCAAGUAUCUUGACCUUUCGUCGAACGCUUUCUCCGGCGAGAUUCCGGGGACUGUUGCUAAUUUAUCUCAUCUUCAACUUAUCAACCUUUCGUACAAUGAGUUCUCCGGUGAGAUUCCGGUGAUGUUUGGGGAGCUUCAGAAACUGCAAUAUCUAUGGCUUGACCAUAACUUCCUUGGAGGAACCUUACCUUCUGCACUUGCUAAUUGCUCUUCGCUCGUGCAUCUGAGCGCAGAGGGAAAUGCACUCGGCGGCGUGCUUCCGUCGGCGAUAACGGCGCUUCCGAAUCUUCAGGUGAUUUCUCUUUCUCAGAAUAAUCUUACUGGUUCCAUUCCUGCUUCCGUUUUCUGUAAUGUUUCGUUCCAUGCGCCGUCUCUGCGGAUUGUUCAACUUGGAUUCAAUUUUUUCACGGGUUUUGUUGAGCUCGAGACCAGCACGUGUUUUAGUCUUCUUCAGGUUUUGGAUAUUCAACACAAUAGCAUAAGAGGCACGUUUCCCUUGUGGUUAGCCAAUAUAGCCACGUUGUCAGUGCUUGAUCUUUCCUGCAAUGCACUUUCCGGUGAGGUUCCGUCGUAUAUAGGAAAUCUCGCUGCGUUGAAGGAGUUGAAGAUGGCUAAUAAUUCAUUUACUGGUGUCAUUCCGGUGGAGAUCAAGAAAUGUGGGUCCCUUGGUGUUGUUGAUCUUGAAGGCAACAAUUUUGCCGGAGAAGUUCCUUCUUUUUUUGGUGAUAUGAAGGGACUCAAGGUUCUAUCUCUUGGUGAAAACAGCUUCGUGGGGUCAGUUCCGGUGAGUUUUGGUAACCUUUCCUUACUCGAAACCUUGAGUUUGAGAAGCAGUAGAUUGAAUGGAACUAUGCCUGAAAUGAUAAUGAGGUUGAGCAAUUUGACAACACUGGACCUUAGUGAUAACAAGUUUACAGGUGAAAUUUAUGAUAGUAUUGGGAACUUGAAUAGAUUAAUAGUUCUCAAUCUGAGUGGUAAUGGCUUCUCUGGAAAAAUUCCUUCUAGCUUGGGAAAUCUUUUCAGACUAACUACACUUGAUUUGAGCAAGCAGAAUCUCUCUGGGGAGUUACCUUUUGAGCUCUCUGGGCUACCAAACCUGCAGGUUAUUGCUCUGCAGGAGAACAAGUUUUCUGGUGCAGUACCUGAAGGGUUCAGCAGUUUGAUGAGUUUGCAGUAUGUGAAUCUCAGCUCUAAUGCAUUUUCUGGGCAUAUUCCUGAGAACUAUGGCUUUCUUAGAUCCUUGGUUGUUCUUUCAUUGUCUCAUAAUCACAUUAGAGGAACAAUUCCUUCUGAAAUUGGAAACAGCUCUGAUAUAGAAAUUCUUGAGCUUCGAUCGAAUUCAUUGUCAGGUCGUAUUCCUACUGAUCUAUCUCGCCUCACCCAUUUGAAAGUGCUUGAUUUGGGUGGUAACAAUUUAACUGGGGAUAUGCCUGAGGAGAUCUCCAAAUGUCAGUCGUUAACUACGUUGUUAGUAGAUCACAACCAUCUUUCAGGUGCCAUACCGGGGUCAUUGUCGAAUCUACCAAAGCUAGCAAUGCUGGAUCUGUCUACUAACAACUUGAGUGGGGAAAUUCCUAGUAGUUUUUCUAUGAUCCCUGAUUUGGUGUAUUUCAACGUGUCAGGGAACAAUUUGGAAGGUGAGAUACCACAAACAUUGGGAUCUCGGUUCAACAACCCUUCUGUAUUUUCUGAUAAUCAGGGUUUAUGUGGAAAGCCAUUGGAAUCAAAGUGCGAGGGAGUAGACAACAAUAGGGACAAAAAGAGGUUGAUUGUGUUGAUUAUCAUCAUUGCAACAGGAGCUUGCAUAUUAGUCCUAUUUUGCUGUUUUUACAUCAUCAGCUUAUGGAGAUGGCGCAAGAAGCUCAAAGAAAGGGUUUCCGGGGAGAAGAAAAGGAGUCCUGCAAGAGCAAGUUCAGGAGCAAGUGGAGGUCGUGGUAGCAGUGAAAAUGGUGGCCCCAAACUCGUGAUGUUCAACACCAAAAUUACACUUGCGGAAACAAUUGAAGCAACUCGACAGUUUGACGAAGAAAAUGUACUAAGCAGAACAAGGUAUGGAUUAGUAUUCAAGGCCUGUUACAAUGAUGGAAUGGUCCUUUCCAUUCGCAGACUCCCUGAUGGAUCAUUGGACGAGAACAUGUACCGAAAAGAAGCUGAGUCGCUAGGAAAAAUAAAGCACAGAAAUUUAACUGUUCUCAGAGGUUAUUAUGCAGGACCACCAGAUAUGCGACUCUUGGCCUAUGAUUACAUGCCCAACGGAAACCUUGCAACUCUCCUCCAAGAAGCUUCUCACCAAGAUGGUCAUGUUCUAAAUUGGCCAAUGCGACACCUCAUUGCACUAGGAAUUGCCCGUGGAUUAGCCUUCAUUCACCAAUCCUCAAUGGUCCAUGGCGACGUGAAACCCCAAAAUGUUCUAUUCGACGCAGAUUUCGAGGCCCAUUUAUCAGAUUUCGGGUUAGAUCGACUAACAAUAGCCACUCAAGGAGAAGCAGCCUCCAGUUCAACUUCAGUUGGCACUUUAGGUUACGUUUCGCCAGAAGCAAUCUUAACCAGCGAAGUCACGAAAGAGUCUGAUGUUUACAGCUUUGGCAUUGUGUUGUUGGAACUCCUAACAGGAAAGAGACCAGUAAUGUUCACCCAGGACGAAGACAUAGUGAAGUGGGUGAAAAAACAACUUCAGAGAGGUCAAAUAACUGAGCUAUUAGAACCUGGUUUACUUGAGUUGGACCCAGAAUCAUCAGAAUGGGAAGAGUUUUUACUAGGUGUGAAAGUUGGAUUGCUUUGCACGGCACCAGACCCUCUUGAUCGACCAACGAUGUCCGACAUUGUUUUCAUGCUCGAAGGUUGUCGUGUUGGUCCUGAUAUCCCAUCCUCCGCGGAUCCUACCUCUCAACAUUCUCCGGCAUAACCCAAAACUCCAACUUUCCCGGUCUAAUUGUCAUUUUUUUAAUGUUAUUCAAAAUCCCACUUUUAUUUUUUGAAAUUUAAUUUUAGAAAUGUAAUAGUGGUAGUAGCUAUUUGUUAUUAAUAUUUUCUCAACUGGAACAAAACAUUGCGGCCACUUUUUCUC